AUCUUCAGUCGUGCCACUGAUUCACUUACACUCUCACCCUAGUCCAUCGUUCUUCAGUCUCGCCUCCAUCUUCGCUGCGUGGAUCUCUCAUCUCGGGGCUUUGGGGUCUCGCGUCUUACAUUGGCUGCUUCUUCUUCCAGUAAACGGUGGCUAGACCCCCUAAAUCAAACUCCUAAUUCAAGCGGGGUUCCCGUCCUGCUCCUCGAAUUCGACCAUCUGCUGCUUCGCAUCGCGCUGCCUCUUCUUCUUCUUCUUCUUCGAGUUCGUGUUCAACUUCUGAGGAAUUCAGGACCAUCAGUUUAGUUAAGGUGACAAUCAUGAGAUGAAAAUGCAAAGAAAGUGUAGGCUUUGGUGGCCAAAACAGCUCUUAUCAAGAAGAGAACCAUCUUCCAGUUUUUUGUUGGGGUGGUUUGUCACAUCCUCUCCAGCGUCUCUUGAUAUUAUAGUGGCCUUUACCUGCAACGAAGUGUUGUCAUCUCAAUCCAGUCCUUGCCUUGAGGAGAUCCUCCAUGAUGUACGUGGGAAGAUGCCCAUAAUUCUACAGGAUAAGUCAACAUUUUCUAUACUUGGCCAGUGUGUCCCUGACCAGAGUAAUAGUAGUUUGGUAGCGGGAAUAGAAGACAACAAAUGGAAGUUCUCCAAUUGUGGCUGUCUCAUGUUAGAUGGUUCAUUAGAGCAUAGUUGUCAAGCUUCCUUUGGAAAGACUAAUUGGAUUCUGCUGACAUUUGAUUCUCGGGAACAGAAUGAAACUGGAAUCCACGGGCUUCCAAAAUUGCAUCAAAUUCACUGGAAUGGAGUAGCUAUGUUACAAUAUGAUUUUCACGUGAUAAUUUAUGACACCCCCCGUUAUGGGGAUCAUCAUUUCUCUUUGUGUCCAUCAAAUUCACAUGAGCAAGCAAAGGCUUCCAUUAAGAAACCUAAGUGGGUGGGUGAUCUUCACAAAAAGGAGCAGCUCAUUGACUUGGACACAGUCAUCUUGGCAAUUAACUGUAGUGCUGCUGCUAAAAGAAUUUUUGAGAGACACGAGGUCUUGAGGAGAUCCUUCAGCUUGCUUUCCAUAUUUCUUGUGUUUUUUGCAUUUGUUGGGAAUCUGUCUGCUAAUUUUGUAGCAUCAUUAUCAACUCUGUUCUUCGUUGUCCUUCAAUUAUUCCAAGAACUUUUCAAUGAUAAGUCGGGAUCUUUGAUUCACAUGGCAUCUGCAAUAUUCAGGACUGCAUGGAUAAAUAUACGGAUUCGUUGUGGUCAGAUAUUAUAUUGGCCGAUAUUUCUUAAGGAGAAUGAUCUUAGGUCACGAUCAUGUGUUGAGUAUGCAGAGAAAGCUGCUAUGCACAGUCAUUCCAUGUGGUCAACUUUGGUUGUUGAUGUUCUCCUGGGAAACGUGAUUGGCUGGCCACUGCUAUAUCAUGCAGAACCCAUUUGUUUGUCAGUUUUGACAUUUGUCCAUGACAUUGCAAACCCUUUUUUGCGUUCAGGGUGUGUUUGGUUAAUGGGAAACCCUGCAGGUUUCAAGUUGAAUUCUGAGCUGGCUGGAGUAUUAGGCAUGGUUUCUCUGAAUGCAAUACAGAUAUGGUCAACACUCUGGAUUUUUGUGGGUUUUGUCUUAAAUUAUAUUGUUCAAGGACUUGCUAUUAUAGGGAUUCUUUGUGGGUUCACGCUACCUGCUGCCUUGAUUAUAGACAUGAUUGUGUUAGCAACUUCUCAUGUUUCAACUCUUUAUUGGUUGAUUUCACUUCUAUAUUCUUCACAAAUACAGGCAGUGACGGCCUUGUGGCGGCUUUUUAGGGGCCGGAAGCGGAACCCACUUCGUCAGAGGUUGGACAGCUUUGAUUACACUGUCAAACAACAUAUUAUUGGAUCCCUUCUAUUUACACCCCUCUUACUUCUGUUACCAACCACUUCUGUUUUCUAUAUAUUUUUUAGUAUAGUGGGGACAAUGAUCAACCUCGUCUGUAUAUCAAUUGAAGUCACCAUAUCAGUAAUUCAUGCUACACCUUAUAUCAAGUUUUUUCUUCGGUUGGUGCGUCCAGGAAGAUUCCCUUCUGGAAUAUGGUUUGAAAUUUUAGGUUGUCAAAGUACUGGUAAUAAUUCUCCAAAGGUUGAUUUUGCUGAUGAACUGACUUCUUCCAAGGAAGAAUUGCUGCUAAAGGAUUUUAGUGGGCAAAAAUCUAGCAUUCUGGUUUCAGUUCUCCGAAGUAACUACAUGAGCACAGGAAAAGUUAUCUGUCCUCACUACAAAAAUAUUUUUUCGGGGUCUUCUGCGUCAUCCAUUUCCUUAAUAGCACAUGGAAUCCUCAUUGGUCGAAGAGUACCAUACAGACGGGGAACUCUUCUUCCUUCACCAAUGCCUUGGAUGUCCCUGCCCUACAAAGAGUAUUGGCGCCUUUGUCAUGAUUCACUUAUUGCAUGCUUCAGAGUAUAAUGGUCUCAUCUCGACGUCUGGUUCCACUUAACCAAAACUUGUUUUCUUCAUAUUAAGAGUGAUAUUCCCUGCGGCUUCUCAUGAAGGAUUAUUGAGCAUUCUUUAAAUUGGUUCCUCCCUGAUUGGACCAGGGAGGCAUUUCAACGCUCAGGCGUGCAGCGGUGG